AUGAAUUAUUAUGUCAUCUAUACUUUACUUUUUAUUUCUUGUACAUACGCCGUUCAACCAUCGUUAAAACUCACAAUAUCACCGGAUAACAAAUAUAUAGAGCGUGAUAGUGAAAUUUCUAUUUUGUGUGAACUACGGGAUCCGACAGAUAGUAAAGAUAAACCCGUUUUGUACUACGUAGAUCCACGCACACAAAAACGAACGCCUGUAACACGUGCACUACUCAAUGGUGCUGUUAAACAAAUACCAGAAUUAUUUCAAAAUGUGGAAAAUCGUGCUCGAUAUCAACAUGAAGGUAAAAAUCACAUAAAAAUCACAAAAGCACAAGUGAUUGAUUCAGCCAUCUAUGAAUGCGAAUGUCCUGACUGUGAAGCGCCACCGAAGAAAGAUCACAAAGAGUUUUUCAUUACAAAAUAUGCUGAGCCGCAAUUAUCUGUUACACCCGAUCCAUUAAUAGAAGGAAAUCAAGCUACAUUUCGAUGUCAAAUUGAUGAAUUUUAUCCUUACACGGGCAUUGAAGUAUUAAUCCACCAUCACAAAUACAAUACCACCACAAAAGCUGAAGUGGUAACAGCUAAUCAUCUCAAAAAUGUGUUUGAACAAAAUUUAAAAUGGAAUGUAUCUUUACAAGUUCAAGCUGAUUGGCAUGAACAUCAAUUUGAAUGUAUUGUAAAACAAGGUAAAUUGUUAAUUAUCUCUUGA